GCAACGUCUGAAUGGCUUCUGCGCUUUUAGUCCAUGUUUUCUGUGGUGUCUUCAUUUGAUCGGGCGUGCUUCAGGUCUGAAUCUCAGUGUAGCACUGCAGGGUGGAAUUGAAGACCCAUUGCGUAGCAGUUUGAGACAUUCCAGCUUUCAGUGUGAGCUCAGUUAAACACGCCCGAGUUUAAUUACACACGACACUCACCUUGUUUCCAGGUAGCUUGCAGUUGACUCUGUGGAAGUGCUGUGCAAUGGGAGUCCUAAUCAGACCAGCUGUGCAGAAUCCCACCCAGUCUGCAGUGUGAUGGAUUUGUGUCCACCAGCAUUUCAUCUGUCUGAUAGAAUUAUUUUCUGUAAGUUGACAUUUCCAUGAGCUGUGGGUGGUAUAGAAACUUGAUGAAUCAGAACUAACCUUUCCCAGCUUUUACCCCUGAGGGGCUGUCCUGUGGAUAAGGAGCUGUCCUGGGUGGGUUUGCUCGGAGCGGUGUGUGCGUGUGUCAGCGUGCCCAGGAGAGACGUAGCAGACAGACACGACCGGUUUGGCAUAUUAAGCAGAAUAGGUAUUGCUUAAUUUUACAGUUAAGUAUUUGGCCGCUUGCCGCUUCUAGUUUAUUUAUGGUGACGUAAUAACAUCCGGGAAAGGUCGGGCUAUUUGAGCAGAAGCCCCUCGUGGCUAAGUGCUAACUGCACCAAGGGCAACAUUAACACUUCAAUUACAGCGGCAGUGCGUUUGUAUCUAGUAAGAAACCGAUAACGAAAUAAAGUAAAUACAAUUGAAUGUAAGAAGAUUUCGCGACGCAACAUCAGCGCUGCUGUCUAGAGAAGUGUGCGAUCAGUCCCGUCUCUCUAUACAAAUAUCAGCAAUUCAGCGAGGCGUGCAUGGCUGAUUUAAGAACUAUUUUAUGACCUUGUAGAGGCGUUCUAGUAGCUGAAUGCAAACGGUAUAUAUGUAAGCCUGUCCUGCACUUAGAAUUACUGCUUUGGAAAUGCGCAUAUGCUACAUUGCUAUGUGUUGCCGCGAGCAGGACGCGAUGUCUUGUUUUUAAUUGUUAUUUUAUGUUAAAACGUGUUUUUUUCUGCUUCCAGAUUGAAGUCGCUUAUUUACUUGUUGGUCGUGACUGCUCAGAAUACAGCAGUUAAAACCCAACGGCGCUAUUGCACUAGUUUCGGGUUACAGGUUCAUUAGCAGAGGUGUUGAAGCGCGGUUCUCACCUUCCAGGCUAUUUGCUUUCAGUAAAUUAAACAUUUUGUGCGCGCUGAGUCUCUGCGGGUAAUGCGCAGUAAUGGCUCAUUAUGCGCGCAUGAAUGACUGCUUUUGUUAGCAUAAUGACGUAGGUGUUGCGGGCAUUGUACCGCUAACAUGACAUUGUUUGGGGGGUAUUAGCAUUCAAAUAGAGGGCUCUUCAGAGUGUCCGAACAAUACAGUCAAGCCUAGCUUCGGGGACCACCGGUAGCAUAUAUACAGACUCUAGCGUAUGCAUUUCUCACACGGGAGAUCAUGAUUCAAGCGUUGUGCUACUGCCUGGUUCUGCUCUCUCUCCGGUUCGCCGGGGGUCUUCCCUUUCAUGCGGACAGAGGCCGCCAGAUUAGCGCACUUUCUCACACGAGGGAGAAAGCGGCACUGGACGGGGCACGGAGAUUUUUGGAUCGAGGAGGGAUUGGGGCAGGACACGGAGGUAGAGGAAGGCUUAUGGACCGGCCGGGGAAAGGCGGAAUAUUCCGGGUGCCAACUGACGACAGCAUCAAGAGGCACCAGCAGCCCCCGUGUGUCCAAAUGACCGAGCCCUGGACUGUGGGGCGACCCAGCGCCGCCUCUCUCCCGGGAGACAGGCUCGUUUACCGUCUCAAAGUCCACGCCUCGUCAGCUGCGGGUCAACGCCAGCCCAUCUUUCCACAGCAUCACCUGUUCCAGUACCUGGGCAAGGUUUAUCAAUGCUGCAAGACCGGCUUCGUCUGCAGGAAGAUUAAAGGGAUUCAAGGGAGGCUAACCAGAGAUGCGGCUCGUAGAGAGGUGGAGUUCCUCGUGAACCCAGACGUGGGCGCUCUCGAGAUCCAGAGAGCCGAGCUCCACGUGCAGAUCUCGAACCCGGACCGGGUGCGAGUGGAACCCGUGCUGACUCUCCAACACGCGGAGAACCAGGAUGCGGUGAGCUCGAGGUACGUGGGUGUGAUGAGAGAGGGGGUGUCGGACUUCACCCUGGACCUCGCCUUCCUGUUUCAGACCCUGAAAGAUCUGCUGGGGCGAGGGAGCGGCCCCCAAACCCCAGAGCCGCACAGAGUGGGGGUCCCAGCAGGAGCAGCCCAGCCGGGGAGAGCAGGGGUGCUGUCGGUGAUGCAGCUCUGGGGAGAGGGGGUCUCUCUGGAGGGAGCGCAGGCUUAUCCACUGCGGCGGUCCGGCAGCCCUGGAGUGAGUCUGCGCAAAAUGAGGGGCAGGGGCCCCUUCCCAGCACAGGGCAGCGUGCCAGAGGACCCCACCCCAGCACAGGACAGCGCGCCAGAGGACCCCACCCCAGCACAGCCAUUGACUGAACUCAACCUGACCCUCAACUGCGUCCUGGAGGAGGCGCUUGUGUCCUGCGCUGAGCAUGGAGUCACCAUCCUCCCAGCGCCCUUCAUCACCAUCGCCUACUGAGGGGGCGCUGUCUGGGUAGCAUUGCUGUUAUUGUUACUGUCAGCAUAGCGGGCAGUGCUGUGUGGAUUCAGUGAGAGGAGAGGAUGUUAAAAGCUCUGUAAUCACAAUGCAGACGAGGCCGGCUCUUUUGCAUUGUGGUUAAGAUGCUCGAGUGGGGUCGUCGGGUCGCUCCCAGCAUCCACCCUGUUGCAGUAGCCUGAUUACUGCAAGACUGGGAGCCCAAUUCCAUUCUUAAGCUUGGGGAGGACGGGACGGAACACACCAGCCAGUGAAAUAAUGAUUAUUGCAAAAGAAUAAUAUUAUUUUCUUUCAUAGAGAUUGACUAUUCAGUCUCUGUGCUGCGUUCCCGUGGGCAUUGCUUCACAUGCGUUGUGGCUUUUUAUUUCUUAUGCUAGCUGAAAUGUUAAUGGGAUUGGACCCAAGAGCAACGUGCGCGGGGGAUCUGCCGGAGAUGGAGCAUUGCUAAACUGAUUGUGAUUCAUCGGGCUGCAGAGAAGCUGUUACGUGGAGUAAUUCUGUGUCAUGAGAGAUAGAAAUGUCUCUGAGUCAUAAGCACUUCAGAAAAGAGAUGAGUGUUAGCUAUCACUAUUUGAUAAAUGUGUUUCUGGAAAAUAAAUAAUUCUAAACAUACCUGAAAGAUUAUAAAUUGUGUUAAGAAUGGUUACUUUUGUAUUUUUUUAUUAACAAAAAGAAAACUGGCGCAGGCCUGCACUCCUUUCCCCCUCAGUAUUUACAUUUUCAAUUGUCGAAAUGGACUACACUCCCACCUCUUUGUGAGAAUGGAGUUUAUCAAAGAGCUGUAAGACAGAGGGACAUGCAGGUAAGAAAGCAUCAAGCCGUGUCCCCAGGGCCCUGCAGAGAGGACGAGGAGCUGGCAGGGGAGGCCAGCACUGUGGUUCACUCCUCAGAUCUGCUCUGGACACAAAGCCAAGCAGACAGGGAGGGGAGGCGGACUCAGAUCAAGAACGGAGCUGCAGUCAUAUUAACUGUGGAAAGUCGUUCAUCCAGAUAACAUACAGUGCUGUUUCUGUUCCACGUCACG